CGCCGGCCGCGCCGGCCGAGCCCGCGGAGGCGGAAACACCCGAGAAGCCCCUAAACGGGCGCGGCGCCGGAAAGGCCCGAGCGUCCCCGAAGCUACUCGGGAGCGAGUCCGGCCCCACCCCGCGCGGCGGCUUCCGCGGGCAGCCGCCUCGGACAUGGCCUCGUUCUUAGCUCAUCCUUCAGUACGUAUCAAAGGGACGGAACACAGCUACAACCCAGUCCUGUGCCAAGAUGACCAGUGUGCUGCCAGUGUCAAGGGGAGGCACACGCACUGCCCAUUCUGCAGCAUUUCUGAGGCUUAUCAGGAUCCAUUCAUUCUCCGGGCUCACUACCGAGUCAAACACGUGGACAAGGGCCUUGACUUUGCAGGGCUGAAGAUCCUGCGCUGCUGCAACCAUUGCGAGAUCGUAGGCACGAUCAAAGGGGAGAAGAAGUUCAAAGGGGCACACUGGCACUGCUACCGUUGUCGCAAUGGCUUCAAUCGGCGAGAUGAGGCGGUGAAGCACUACAAGACCCACUUCCGGAACCCCCACACCACCUUCCAGAUCCAGAUUGCACAGGAUGUCAACAGCCGCCAGUAUUAUGAACGCAGUGCCGAAGCCAAUCCUAAGGCCUAUGGUGGCCUCAAUGUCUCUACCGGAGCCAAUGUUGAUGUGAUGUCCAUAGGUGCAUUACUGGCCCAAAAUGUCCUUGCAUCAAGAUCGCCUGCUGCCACCUCUGAUAAGGGGACAGAGAGCCUGCUGGGCAGCCCUGCCAAGGACAGUAGUUUCAACGGUGGGAUGGCACUAGGAGCAGAGGAGACUGUGGGGCUCAGCACAUCCUCCUCAUCCAUACCUGCCCACCAGACACUAGUGUUGAUGGACCCUGAUGGAGAUGGUAGCAGUAUUAUCUUUGAAGAUGGACCCAAUUCAGUGUCUAGGCAGUCUGGCGAGAGUCUGGAUCAAAACCUGCUAGAGAAACAACUCAUUGAACUGCACCAGCAGAACCAGCAGCUGCUGGAGGAGAAGAAGGAGAUGGAAUGCAGGCUCCGGGGAGAAAUCCUGCAGCUGAAGGAACAUAUCGCCAGCAUCAUCCAAGCUAAUAUCCGUAUGGCAGAGGAGCUGAAACAGUACCAGGCCUCGGAUGACUUGGAAAAGAAAGUCAGCAAAAUGGUUGAGCAGAUGGAGUGGCAGCACCGGGAACUGCUGCAGAUGCAUGUAGCAGCCCUGAGGAAGGAGUUUGUGCAAAGAAACAGUCGGCUGAUGAAUGGCAAGUCCAGCCCUCCUGCCAGUGCUGCCUUGGAACCUAAGGAACAUGCCAUGAGCUCCAGUGCCCACAAUCUGCUGGCCAACGCUGCCCUUUCCUCCCCAAACAGCACCUUGUCCAGCAGCCUGGCAACUCCCCAGGACACAUUGGCACCCGCACAGUUAGACAUCAGUGCUGGGGACGUCCUGUCCUUCAUUGACCCACCAGAGAGCUUACCCAACUCUGGGGACAACCAGCUGGAUAGGCUGGAGACUGUUGAGGUGCACCUGGACACAGAACACCCAAUAUCAAGCCUGGAAGCUGGCUCCCCACCAGCUCAUGUCCACCUCCUCCCUGUGAGCGAAAUGAAUGAGCCAAUGGGUCUUCUGCCUUCAGCCAGAGGAGAGAAGAGGCUAGCACAGCACACGCUGACAAGGGAAAGCAAAGCCAAAGUGCAGCGGACAGUGUGAUCCCAACAAGAAACCUACAUGCUCAAGCCCCUACAAACCGUUCUCUUCCUAACCCAACAGCCAACGUGGAUCUGCCAGUUUGUACUUAGUGCUUCAGAUUUAUAGUUCUCAGUGGUGCUGUUGGUUAUUAAACUGCCCUUAAUUUAUAAAUUA